AUGAAGAAGCCUGGUCUAAAAGCCGGUUACGGCCAACAGGUGUUUGAUAGAUUGUCUAACCUCGAAGGAUCUUUCAAAAUGGCUACGGCGCAUUCGAAAAAUGAAAUAGAGACGUUGAAAAAGAGAAUCAGUUUAUUUGAAGACAAGCUUAGGAGCAUUGAUCACCACAAUAUCGUCAGGAAUGGAUCGUGUGAGGGAGCUUUGGGUUUAGAUGCGUCAAGGCAGAACUCAGUACUGAACCCAGAGCCAACACCGACAUAUGAAACUGGCUUUAAUGCAAUUCAAGAUUAUAAAAGUGUACAGGGCUCUAUGUUACCACCCGAAAAUCAAAUUAUAAUGUUGAUAAAUAUAUAUUUUGAAAACGUGAGCCCAAUAUUUCCAAUUUUAUGCCCUACAAAUAUGGUUCCUAAAUUGCUUGAGCAUAGUAGAGAUACUACCGAGCCACUUUUAUUGGGAGUAAUAUUAUGCUCCUUACGAUUUGCAAGUUCUAUUAUGUCAAGAGAAGAAGUUAAAAAGUAUCAUAAUUAUUGUAAAGGUCAAAUUAUUUCCACCUGUAUUGGUAUGAAUAAUAUUGAACAGCUUCAAGCAAUGUCACUACUUGCGUUUGAUUUAUUUGGUAAAUCAAAUAAUCCUGAAACUUGGAGUUUCAUUUCAUUAAUAUCCUCAGGUGUUGUCCAUUUGAAUUUGACGAAGGAAAGAAGACAAACUCAACAAAUAGUAAUUCCAAGUCCUGAUCAAGAAACUCGUAAAGACCAUGAUAAACAACUAGAAUCUAGAAAGCGUGCUAUUAAGAAUGUCAAGUUGUUGAAGUCACCUAUCGAUUGGUUUGAAGAAGAGUCCCGAAGACGCUUAUUUUGGGAAAUUUAUAUUUUAGAUAAGUUAUCAAGUGUUUCAAAUUCGUUCCCUUUCAAAAUACCAGAGACUGAAAUAGACUGUUUAUUACCUGUUGAGUACGAUUCAUGGAUAGCUGAUCGAAAUUAUACAAACGAUACUACAAUCCGCAAUUCCCAACGCAGAAUUUUAAAUGAUGGUAUCAUCAAGGCAAAUAUGCAGAAUGAUUUGUUUAUUAACGAUAACAUUUAUGACUCAACGUGCUUUUUAAUUGAACUAAUACACAUAUUGGGUAAAAUCCAUACAUUUAUGAGACACCCGAUAGACAUUCAAAUCUUGAAAGAUGUCUUAAAUUGGCAAAUGAAGUUUUCAGAAAUAGAUAAUGAAAUUCAGAAUUGGAGGAAAACUAUUCCCCAAAGAUAUCUUAA